AUGUUCCGUGUACUCCCUAGAACCUCGAUCUCGCCUUUCCGUGGCAUUGCCUGUCGCCCGACUCAGCUGUUGCUUCGUUUCAAUUCGUCGAAGGCCGCUCCUAAGGGUAAUGUCAAGGAAAUCUCGGACUUGACUCAAUUCAAGGAUUUCGUUAAACCCGACAAGUUGACGGUGAUUGAUUUCUACGCCACCUGGUGUGGUCCCUGUAAGGCCUUGGAACCCAUUUUCGCCAUGUUGUCGGACAAGAUCCCCGAAGUGUCGUUUGGCAGAGUAGACGUCGACAAGGCCACCGACGUCGCUCAAGAAUACCAAAUCUCCGCCAUGCCCACGUGUCUCUUUUUCCAAAACGGUCUCAAGAUCGACACGAUUGUAGGCGCUAACCCUCCUCGUCUCGUUGAAUUGAUUGCUGAACAUGGCAAAGUCGACCUCAAGAACCGCUAA